AAGCUUUCUCUGCAUCCUUUUUUUUUUGAUUAUUAUUAGCGCGAUAUUCUAUAAUUUUAACAUCUUCGUAAUAUUAAAUAUGGGUUCGAAAAAGAAAAGCACUAAAAUGUCCUUGACAGAAUUUCUGGCAGAUCAGUCAACCGGUUCUUGGGCUGAUGAAAUGGAAGAUUUACCCUCUGCGCCUGCCGCGGCAUUCUCAGAUUACGGUGAUCACGAAGAUCGUCAAAAAGGUGGUUUCGGGGAUAGGAGAUCAGGAUUUUCUGAAAGAAGAACUUAUUCAAGAGAUUCACGCUAUGAAUCUCGCGAGUCACCACGUGAAUCUAGGUUUUCAUCUCGUUCUGAGCGAAUUCCCCAAGAACUUCCUACAUCACCACCUUAUACGGCUCAUAUUGGUAAUUUACCUUAUGACUUAACUGAAGGACAAGUAAAAAAAUUUUUCAUUGAUUCGAAGAUUCUUAACAUUAGAAUUCUUCGUGAUAAAGAUAAUGAUAAACCAAAGGGUUUUGGGUAUGUCGAAUUUGAAGAUCUAGAAUCAUUAACCAAAGCACUGCAACUGAGUGGAGAGAAUUUGGGAAACAGACCGGUUAAGAUUAGUGUGGCUGAUCCACCUCGUGAGCGAGAAGAUCGUACCGCUGGCGAAUGGCGGCGGAAAGUGCCAAGAGAAACACAAGUUCCUUCUCCAAGAAGUGAUCGUUUUGGUGGCAAUGAUAAAUUUGGUCAUAGAGAGGACAAGUGGGGUGAACGUGGUGGUAGUUUUCGUGAUCGAAGUGAUCGAAUCGAUCGUGGUGAACGUGAUCGUGGUGACAGGUUUGAUCGAACGGAUCGUAGCAUUGAACGAAAUGAUCGUGGAGGAAAUGAUAAGGUCGAACGUAAAGGAGAUACAGAGUGGAGAGGUGGAGGUUUUAAUAAUAGUAGAUCAAGCAGUUUUCGUGAGCGUAAGUCUGAGGAAAGAUACAAUUCAGUGCGAAAAUAUGAUAUGCGUCCAUCACCAGAAUCGAAAGCUGAAAACUCUAACAAUAUUCGUGCAUCAGCAACUGAUACUGAUACUACUGAUACAUCUCCACCAAUGCGCAAAAAACUUGAGCUUAAACCACGAAGUUCAGCUACUGUCCCAAAUGAAAAUGUUGCACCGCGAUCAUCCAAACCAAAUCCAUUUGGCGAAGCCAAACCAAUAGACACAGAUGAAGCGCUUCGAAGAGUAGAAGAGCGAAGAAAGCAAAAAGAAAAAGAACAGAAAGAAAAAGAAGAAAUGGAAAAGACUACUAAGAAUGGCAAUGAUACAGCUAUAACAACAGAAAAUGGCAAUGCUUAGAUAAUGUGUUAAAAUAAGGUAAUUUUUAAGACAAGGUAUGACUAACCAAAAAACCAUAUAUAACAUAUAUAAUAUUUAACCCAGUUUGAUAUAUAAUACAUUUUGUAUUUUUUUUCUUUUUAUUAUGUAAUUCAUUUUAACAAUAUGAGCUAUUUUUCUUGUAGUAAUAGAGUUAGCAAUUUCAAAACAAAAUCAAGAAAAUAUAUAUCACCCAAUUUCUUAAUUCUGUUAAUUCUGGCAAUAAAGAAAUAUUAUUAUGCCAAUUCGAUUAUUAUAAAUUUGAACAUUAUAGAAAAA